AUGGUCGUCUGGUCGCAGUGCCCCUUGCGCCGCUCGUGUUCCCGGCGACGAACCCGGCAGGGUGAUGGCCGGACCGCUGCUGACCUUGACGUUGGUCUCUUGUCCUCGGCGGUCGACCCAAGCGAUGGACGGCAAGGAGGCAAGAUCGCCUCCGUCCUCGCUCUUGGCUUCUUUGCCUCGAGCGCGCCUCCCGUCAACUCUGUCGUUCCUCUUUCCGGCGACGGGGGAGCAGCUGCAGUGGGCAUCGACGGGUCCAUUCUCCCAUUCAACGUCGCUCGCCCUAUGGUCGUCUUCAAUCUCAUGACUCGAUUUGCCGCAAGGGUCACCGUCUCCUCCCUCUUGGUCUCUGACGGAUAUCCUUAUCCCUAG